AUGUCUAGUCAGCAUCUUGUCCUAGGCCUCCCACGUGUCUUGCCGUCGCUGCCGCCUUCGCUUGCACCGCCGUGUGGUCCCUGCGUCGAGGGUCGGCUGCGCGCCACCCCUCACUCCUCCUCCCUUCGUCCGGCCACCGAGCCUUUUGAGACGCUUCACUUGGACGUCUGGGGCCCCGCCCCUCGUCUAGGCCCUGAGCGUGAGCGCUACUUUCUGGUGGUCGUUGACGACUUCUCCCGCUACACCACAGUGUUCCCUCUGGCGAAGAAGUCUGAGGUGACUUCUACGCUGAUCAGGUGGUUGCUCACCACCAAGGACACUCGUGGUCGUCGUGUCAGCUGCCUCCACUCCGACCGUGGGGGUGAGUUUCGCUCCGGCAUUCUCGCUGGAUUCUGUCGCGAGCAGGGCAUUCGUCAGUCCUGGACGCUUCCAGAGUCCCCACAGCAGAAUGGGGUUGCUGAGCGCCGCAUAGGCCUGGUCAUGGAGAUCGCCCGCACCUCCCUGACUCACGCCUGUGCCCCCCAUUUUCUGUGGCCCUACGCGGUCAGGUACGCCGCGCACCAGCUGAACCUCUGGCCACGUGUCUCUCGACCAGAGGUUUCACCGACCAGUCUUUGGACAGGGUCCCCUGGUGUUGCGUCGCGGUUUCGUGUCUGGGGGUGCUUGGCUCUUGUCCGCGACACCUCCGCGGACAAGCUCUCGCCUCGUGCCGUCCCCUGUGUCUUCCUUGGUUUCCCUGAGGACUCCUCUGACUUCACCUUUUACCACCCUCCCUCUCACCGGUUCUUUGACUCCUGUGACGUCCGUUUCGAGGAGUCCACUCCGUACUACGUCAGCCCCGUCGGGUGUGUCCCAGGCUACCCCUCCUCCUUCAGUAGCCCCUCCGGUACAGCCUCCCUCCCCACAGUCCUCCUCGCAGCGUGCCGCAGGUGCUAG